AUGCGGGGUCGAGCCACGCCACUUGUCUCGUCCUCUCGGCCUAUGCUCCAGCGCGCUUCUGUUCCUUUUUCUCGCGCGAGUCCCUUCGGCGGGGCAGUGGGUCUUGCUUGGCCUUCUGUCGGCUUCUUCGAUGCUCUUCAGGAAUCUUCUUUUUCUGCUGGUCUGAAGAAUCAUCUUCCUGGGGUGCCAGAGCCGGGCCUCAACCCUGCUGGGAUCCUCGGCGCAAGUCCUGCUGUAUCGGGUAGUCUGCCUCGGACCAAGGGGAAGCAGGGAGGGGUGGGCCGGAUACGGGUCAUAGUGAUGCGACCAUUAACCCGCGGGCGAAUGGUUGGGACGACAAGACGCGUUAGUCCUCUGCGGGUUCCAGAUUCUGGGUUACACGGCGAACUCUGCGAUGCUGGCCGUGCACCCAUUGUUCGGGUUGCGCUUGGCCACGGCAUGAUUUCAUGGCGGGGGCAAAUAUGGUCACCUGAUAGAUAUUGGUGCCUGAGGCCGGAGCUGAACGUGGUGCCUGGCUAG